AUAACUCUGACUCUUUCCAUGCCCACAUUCAGCUUGAUGCCCUCAAUUGCAAAGUCAAUUGUGGACAACCAGGGCUUUUGCUUCUCAUCCCAGCCUCAAUACCUCCUUUGAGACAAAUACGAGUUCUUGCUUCCGCAACGGGUUACCUGUCUUCCGAACCGUUGCAGGCAGAAGCCUCACCUCUUUGACUCAACCCAUCCGUCAUGGAUUCGCUUCGUAUCAACGACGACCCAGAGGCAUGGGCAGCAGUCCACAACAAGUCGUGGGACCCAGUCGAAAGGUUCUUCGGAUAUCUUGUUACUCCCGAACAGGACUUCGCAUUACGGUAAUACGAGUCUGCCAUUAUAACCAUGCACAGGGCCUGCAAAUCAUUUUGCUUAUCGACUGCAUGUACCGAGCUUCUGUCGAUCCCGACUUCGAAUACAUCCUCAAACACGCCAAGACGAUGCUGUCAGAGAUGAGGUCGGCCGGUUGCCUCUACCAGCAACUCGCCGCCCUCGCACUCGCCAAAGCUGGUGUGGCUUCCAAUGAUGGUUACAACAAGGCGCGACAGCUCCGAUACUGUCAGUGGAUGACUGAAGGCCGAAAGGAUGGGACAUCGCCCUUCAUUGUGACCUUCGAGUCCGACAGGAAGAGUGCCGCGAAAGCAAGCUCCAAGGCCUUUCUCAGUCACGACCCGGCAUCGAAGAAAUGCGGCGACAAAGAUGCCAAUGUAAGCUGCUCGGGCUGUCUGAUUCGAAGGGCACGGGCACAGCAUAUUUGAGACGGGAUACUGCGGGCAAGGCGUGCCAAGUCAAGCAUUGGAAGACACAUAAGGACUUCUGCAAGCAGCUUUGGCAGAUUUACCGUGCUAGCUCCAUUUUCCGUGAGAUCUUUAAGUACUUCAUCACUAUCACUCUCUCCAACAACAGGAUCAUCGAGGAUAUUGCCGAGAAGAACGACUAGUCAUGGUGAAGGCCACAUGAGACACCCGCGUUCCUCAGCAGUCUCCCUUCUGGGCUCGAUUCCCUACGGAGAUCGCCUCGUCACC